AUGGCAGCAGCCGACGAGUCGGCUGCUGUUAUACCAGCUGUCUGCCCAGCUCGACCGACCUCAUUGCUACCCCCCUCACUGACAGCAGUCCGCCCAGAGGGGCCUUCGGACUUAGCUGUCCUAUCGACUGUUCCGGUUCCAGCGGAGGCCCAGACUGUGUUCACUGAGGCCAUUAACCGUCCCCUGUCCGAAUUAAGGUCCGACUUAUUGGACAAACUGAUUCAGACGGUUGGUGGCCUUCUUUUUUACACUCCAACGGAAUCACCAGCCGUCCCCAUUCUGCAUCGGCUGAUGGAGAGACUUACAGAGCUCAAGACUGAAGUGGUAGUCAUUGGCCUUCUGUCAGCCGAAACCCCCCAGCCCGACUUCGAUCAAACAACGCUGGAGAAUUCUUUGGCCAAGACUCGAGAAUCCCUUCAGCAGACUACUGGAAGACUGGGUGGUCUCCUUAGCACGAAAGCUCUGGUUGAUGAUGCCAUUCAGAAAAAGGAGGCAGAAUUGCGGGAGCUGAAGAAAGAACAGUCUACCCUGGAUAAGCAAAUUAUCAAUGAGCAGCGAUUCUGUAAAUACAGGAUAAGCUCCGUUCUCCAAUCGGACACUGUUUCGCCAUCGGACUUCUGUCCGAUAAAAACUUCGCAAUCGGGCUCCUGA